GAUUGUCGCACGAAAUUGUGCUGUAAACCAUACAUAUGGAUAUAAAGUUCGGGGGGAAGCGUGCCUUAGUCACUGGUGCGGGAAAAGGUAACGUAUUUCUCUUGUUUUUGCUGUAUAACUGAUAAAUAAUACUAUGUUCGAUGCGCGCGCCAUUUUUUUUUCACUCGUCUCCAGUGGGUCGUCUAAUAAAUGAGUCUGUGAUUUUGCCUUUUAAAAAAAGGCACGGAAAUUUAAGUGAGAGGACACAAAGAAACAACUCAGUUUUGUCUAUAUACAGGGAUAGGUCGCAGUACUGCUAAGAUGUUAGUGAAGUGUGGGGCUGAGGUGAUAGCCUUAUCCCGGACACAAGAAGACUUGGACAGCUUGAAAAAAGAGGUUGGGUAAAAGCAAGAAAUAACAUGAGUUGCUUUAGUUUUGCGUUUUAUGUUUAGUUGAAGCCAUGGUCUGAUAUUAUUAUUAUCCUUCGGUGUGUUUGGGUUUGAUAAUAUCUAAUGAGUUUGAAACAGAGGUCAAAUUUACAGUAAAUGUAGGAAGCAAAUUUUGGGAAUUUGGUUAGUGACUGCUUGGUGUGACCAAUUAAUUAAAAGAGGGACACUCAAUUAGAGGUUUGACUUAACUUCAGAGCACCCACAGAAAUACAUUGGCUACAAAGCUCUACAGACUAUUUACACAACACCAUGAUUUACUUUGGCAGACUCUUAAGCUCUAGUAAAAACCAAGCCCCAUGAUAUCUUGACUCCACCCUAUUUCUAUCAUGGACAGCAUUUUCAUGUCAUGGACUCCUCCCAAAGGAUACAAAAAUUUCCCGUCUGCACUCUUGCCUGUUUGUAUCACAAGGUUUGACCAUGACUGUUUGAUUAUUAAAGGAACCUGCAAUUCAGACUGUUUGUAUUGACCUGUGUGACAUUGAAGCUACAUUGAAGACAGUAGAGAGUAUCGGGGACAUUCAUCUUCUUGUGAACAAUGCAGGAAUUGCCAUACUUGGACCCUUUGAAGAGGCAAAGCCAGAGGAUUUUGACAAGUAUGUAGACUGUAGUCCUCUAUCAAUUUCUUUAAAUAUUUUCAAACUUAAUGAGUGAUUUAAGAUAAUAGAUGACAAUAUUUAUUACUGCUUAUACUCUGAGCUCCUUUGACUUAUGCACCCUUACAAUAUUAUUUGAAACGGGAGAACAUUUGCUUUUGUCUCCAGUUAGCUUCAAGCAUUCAUAGAGUAAAUUUGCACUUCUAUAAACAUUGGGAUUAGCUACAGUGUAACCCAGUCUUGCAACCAUGCGUACUUCAUUUUUAUGACCAUUUUUGUUAGCCUGGACAAAAUUCCAGUCAUUUCCUCAUAUUUCUACAACCUCAAUAAUACCACCACCCUAUUACUGCAACCAAGUCAUUAUCUUCUUCACAAUUUUACCUCAUUCAUACGACCAGAAGAAUGCCUGGUGAUGCUGUUUGGAAGUGAGAAGAAAUCACCCUGACAAUUUUAAUUGGCAGCAUGAUGUAUUCCUUACAUUUGGCAUGAAUUGACACUUAUGGUGAUAUUUCAGUAAGGAUUCAUAUGGCAGAAAAAAAAGUAAAAUUUGUUUUGAUUAGCUGGAUUGAUUACAGUUCUUCUGUAAUUUGAAUUCCCCAAAAACUUCACUUGCUUGUUGGUAAAAUAAAGAACAGAAUUCACUAGCCCGAUAGCAAAAUCGACUAGCCCCGGGCUAUUGGACACUACUUUCCUCGCACACCUGAGUGUCCUAUGUUUCUUAUAGGAUAUUUUCAGUCAAUGUAAAGGCUCCUUUGUUCAUUGCGCAGGUAGGACUCACAUUAUAUGUUAUAUACUCUCUGCUUGGCUUCUUGAAGUUACUGGUGCCACUUUAGUUACUGUGCUGUUUUUCAAUUUUAUAGUUCUAUCAAUGACUUUGGACCCAUUUUAACAAAACUUCCUCGUUAUGUUACUAGGUUGUGGCUAAAAAGAUGAUUGCUAGUGGUUUUGGAGGGGCAAUAGUUAAUGUUUCCAGUCAAGCCUCCAAAAAGGCUUUAAAGAACCACAUUUUGUACUGUAAGUAGCUGGAAGAAACUUUUCUUUAAUUCUACAAUAAUUUGAACCCAGAAUUCAUAGCCCAUGUAUAGCUAUACACCUUGUCCCCUUCCAUGCUUUCUUUUGUAGAACUAUGGGAUCAACUUUGUUUUAAGCUUUUAUUUAUGAUUGCCUCAGGUUCUACAAAGGCAGCCGUUGAUAUGCUUACAAAAUCCUUGGCUUUAGAACUGGGUCCUCAUCAAGUGAGUAAUGUUUUGAGUUACUACUCAGUUAAGAAAUGACCUGAGUACUUGUAAUAUUUCUAACAGGCCGCUGAGGCCAUAAACUCGAGCACUGCUUAGCUCACUGCUACACUCUCAUGAACAUGAAUACAUUGGCUGUCAAGUCACAUGACUCCAGACUUCCUGCUCUAGAUAGGUAAGUCCCAGAUGUACACUACAGUACUGUGUGCACUCCAUUUAGUAGAAAGAUAAAAAUAAUGCUGCCAGUGUUUGGUUUUAUUAGUUUCUUGACUUCAGGGUCCUUUUUGUUGCCCACCCAAAGCAAAAGUAAAAUGUAAAUUAAGCACCUUUGUUUUUAACUUGUUUAAUGAUUAUUUAUGUUUUCUUGAAUACAAAUGUCACUCAUUUAUUUUUAACAGUAAUUCAAAGAAAUUAAAUUAAGUUACAUUAUGAAAGAGAAGUUGCUUUCCUUGCAGAUAAGAGUAAAUGCUGUCAACCCAACUGUUGUGUUGACAGAUAUGGGAAGGUUAGGGUGGUCAGAUCCUGCCAAAGCAAAGCCAAUGCUUGACCAAAUCCCGCUUGGAAGAUUUGCAGGUAAAACUUGAAAUAAAAAUUUAGAGAAAAACCUUUUUGGCAAAAAUAGUUUUUACAUUAUCGGAGUUUGUUAUUUAUAGUUAUAUCCUAUCCUUUUUGCAGAAGUGGAAGAAGUUGUACAUGCCAUUGUUUACCUCUUGAGUGACAAAGCUAGCAUGGUAAAUGGAACCAUAUUACCUGUUGAUGGAGGAUUUCUUGCACAAUGA